AUGGAGUUUGGAGAUGCUCUUUGGGUGGUAGAACGAAGCUUUUCAGAGGUGCUUUGUGUCAUCUUCAAAGGUCAUGUGAGGGUCAGAGCAAUUCCCCCUGAGUGUGAUCCAGACUACAUCUUACUCCAGGAUGAAGUGAACUGUUUGGAAGUCCUGAAACUCAACGGGAGCACUAUUGACUUUGCAAGUCAAGAUCUGUUCAUUGAAUUCUUUGUUUCUCAAACAGAAUGCACAGGCUUGUGGGACCAUCUGAACUGCUGGCCUCCUGCUGUAGUUGGAGAGGUCGUGUCUCAACCUUGUCCCAUGUUCCUACACUCUUCAGGAAGAGUGUUCAGGAACUGUACAAAGCAUGGCUGGACCGAGCCCUACCCUUCACAUGAGAUAGCAUGUGAAUACGGCGUCAAUGAAAGCCUUCCCAUCGAGAUACCCAGGUCCCACAGGUACUUCCUCUACGCCAGGAUCAUGUACUCUGUGGGCUACGCUAUCUCCCUUGUGUCGCUCACCAUCGCUGUUAACAUACUCUGUCUCUUCAGGAGACUCCACUGCACGCGGAACUUUGUCCACAUACAGCUCUUCAUCUCCUUCAUCCUCCGAGCAGCCCUCAUCUUCGUCAGGGACUUUGUCCUCUUCUCGUCAGAUGACCACUUUCACUGUGGCGUCUACCCGGUGUACUGUAAGAUUGCAACUGCAAUAUCCAACUACUGCAUCAUGGCCAACUACAGCUGGCUGCUAGCUGAGGCCCACUACCUGUACAGCCUGGUCAGCGUCUCCCUGUUCUCCAGGAGAAGGAGUUUGUGGUGGUACAUCAUCCUUGGCUGGGGGUCUCCAAUGGUUAUUAUUGUAGGCUGGAGUUGGGCAAGGUACCUUCAUGAAGAUAUAGGAUGUUGGGAGACUAGAAGACGGGAAUGGAUCUGGUGGAUUCUCAGAGUUCCUGUUCUGCUCUUCAUUAUCGUGAACUUGUUAUUUUUCCUUUGUAUAAUACGAAUACUGGUGGCCAAACUGAGGGCACAAGACAUGCCUGGCAAUGAGUUUGUCCACUACAGGAAGCUUGCAAAGUCUUCAUUUCUCUUAGUGUCACUCUUUGGUUUGCACUACAUCCUUUUUGCCUUUCUUCCACAUAAAGAUGAAAUAUGGAACUUCAUUGAGCUGGCUUUUGCUUCCACUCAGGGGUUCGUCGUAGCAGUUUUGUACUGUUUUCUAAAUGGAGAGGUGCAGAAUGAGAUCCAAAGGAGGUGGCAGAGGUGGAGGCUGAAACAGCAAGUGCAGGAGGAGGCCAGUAGACAGCGUGGGUCGGUGAGCCAGAGCGGAGGGGCUCUCACCAACGUCUCGCUGCUCCACAGGGGGCCCGGUUCCCCCCGCUCCAGUCUGGUCUAG